AUGGCUUACAAGAUUGAUUUUACGACGCCCUACUACAACGUCAUCAACAAUGAGCUCACCUCCACAUCACAAACCUGUCACGGCGUGGAUCCCUCCACAGAGGAAGCCCUGCCCGAGGUCCCCCUAUCCGGCAAGGCAGAGGUCGACCGAGCUGUAACAGCCGGGAAAGCAGCGUACCCCGCGUGGCGGUCACUCUCUUGGGAUGAGCGCGCCUCAUACCUCCUCAAGCUGGCCGACGCGAUCGAGGCGAACCAUGAUGGCAUCCGGGACCUCGACGUCGCCGAGACGGGCAAGGCCGUACAGAACGCCAGCCUGGAACUAGUUAUGGUCCUAGCGCACCUACGGGGCACGGCAGUGCUGCGCAUCCUAGACGAGGUCGUGGAGGAUACAGCCGAGAGGACAGCGGUGGUUAGGUACAGGCCUCUUGGGGUCGGGGCUGCGAUUAUUCCGUGGAAUUGGCCUUUGUUGCUGGGAUUGGGAAAGAUUGGGCCGGCGGUGUUGGCUGGAAAUACGAAAAUGGCUGACCAGAACAAUUUCACAAGCGUCAUCGUGAAGCCGAGCCCCUAUGCCCCCUACGCCCUCCUCAGGAUAGGCGAGCUCGCGGCCAAGGUGUUCCCGCCUGGCGUCGUGCAGGUGCUGAGCGGCGACGAGCGCCUCGGUCCGCUAUUGACAGAGCACCCGGGCAUCGCCAAGGUUAGCUUUACAGGCAGCAUAACGACGGGGAGGAAAGUUGCUGAGGUCUGUGGCCGAACGCUGAAGAGGGUUACGCUAGAGCUGGGAGGCAACGAUGCAGCUGUUGUCUGCGAGGAUGCCGACCUUGCCAAGGUGGUGCCGGCGGUCUCUUCACUGGCAUUUCUCUGCUCAGGCCAGAUUUGUAUGAACAUCAAACGGGUGUACGUGCAUGACAAGAUCUACGAUGCAUUUCUUGCUGCUAUGAUCACCUUUAUCCGCGAAAAUAUGCCAUAUGGGGCGGCUACGGAUCCAAAGACAGUAAUUGGUCCUAUUCAGAACGCGAUGCAGUAUGACAAGGUCAAGGAGUUCUUUGAAGAGGCUGAGGCGCAGAAGUGGACCGUCGCCCUUGGGGGUCUUAAAGAGAAAGCAGGCAUUAAGACCAAGGGCCUCUUAUUUCCACCAACUCUUAUCGACAACCCUAGUGAUGAGUCACGCAUCGUAAGAGAGGAGCCCUUUGGCCCUAUCCUACCACUGCUGCGCUGGACAGAGGAGCAGGACGUGAUUCAUCGAGUCAAUGCCGUCGAGGCAGGGCUUGGUGCCUCGGUCUGGAGCAGCAACGUCGAGAGGGCUGCUAAGAUUGCUGAUGCGCUGGAGGCUGGUAGUGUCUGGGUGAAUGGCCAUUUCCAGGUAGCCCCGAACAUGCCCUUUGGUGGACAUAAGGCCAGUGGGAUCGGGAUGGAUUGGGGGGUUGUUGGACUCAAGGGCUGGUGUAAUCCCCAGGGCUUCUGGACCAUCAAGGCCUAG